UUCGGAUACCAAACACUAUUCGGACAUUGGUGUUUUGCGUUCUCCAAAUAAAUUAUACAGAUAGUAUUGGACGAAAUAUCAUUUAUUAUAUACAAAAAUGCUGCGCUUAGCAGUCCAUAACAGUGAGUCACUAGUUCGCAGUUUUUCGUUGCUUCAAACAUGCAGAAAUUUUACCAAUGUGACAACUCCGAAAGCAUGGUUUGCAUCUUCUAUUGGCGAUAAACAGCCAACAUCUGUUACUAGAUCCGCGCAUCUAUUGAUACCUGUAAUUCCAACGUUACAUAAUUGCCGAACGAGUACCAGUUUUUUCAACAAAUUGCCCGCGGACAAGAUUUGGAAAGGCGUAAUUUCGGUGAGCAAUGCAGGUAAAAAGCGAGGUCGAGGCAAAGGAUCCGGGAGAAUUACACCAAAGGAUUUGAAUAAAGGACAGGUGAUCGGUUUUGGAAAAGCAAAUAUUGUGUGGCCGGGUCUUUCCGCCCCAAUUAUUCGCGGCAAGGAAUUAGUUCAGCAACAACAACUCCCAGAGGAUAAGGACCGGGAAACAAAUCUGAAAAAGAUACGCGAUGAAAUGGUUAAUUUCAAGCGGAUGAAACUUAGCCCACUGGAACGAGGAUGGUCAGGUUCGAAAAUGGCUGGGCGAAGCAUUGCUCCUCCGGACCCUGUUGGAGACGAUCACUUUGAAGGAUUUGAAACCAAGUGUUUGGAGCUCAAGACAGUGGUGAAUAUGAAAGGCAAUUUGGGUCGAAAGCGUCGAGUUUCCGCGAUGGUUGUUACCGGUAAUGGCAAUGGUUUAUCUGGAUUCGGAUUUGGAAAAGCAAUUGAUAUGAGAGCAGCAUUGAGGCAAGCCAAAAAUCGUGCUGGCCAGAAGCUAAUGCAUUUUGAGUUUUGCAAUGGUCAUACAGUUUUCCACGAUUUCUGUUGUCAAUUUGGAGCCACGAAAAUUUUUGUAGAGCGCAAGCCAGAAGGCUACGGUUUGAAGUGUCACCGAGCGAUUAAAACAGUUUGCGAAGUUAUUGGAAUCAAAGAUCUUCGCGCUAAAUGCGAAGGGUCGACAAGCGUUCAGCAUGUUGUGAAAGCAUUUUACAUUGGUUUGCUGAAACAAAAAAAUCAUCACCAAAUAGCUGAACAAAAAGGCCUCCAUGUCGUAGAGCUUCGCCCUGAAAAUGGCAAAUUCCCCAAGGUUGUGGCAAGUCCAACAGUUUGUCGCACCAAGGAUGAACUGGAGACCAAUGAAAUCCUAGACUACACCCAAUUUUGUAUGGAUGGAAAGAUUCAACUGAGGAGGAAGAAGCUUCCGCCCUUUUAUACUAAAUUUCGCUCGUAUGAAAUAUACCUCAAGAAACAGGAAUACCUUAGAAAUCAGGAUAAAGUGCGACUGAGAAUGCUAGCAGAAACUGGAGAAAUACGAAGUUUCCUAACGGAAAAGUACCCGGAGUGCAAAAUGGGACCAGUUCCAAAAGAAGAGUAAACUUGUUUUGUAUUUAUAUGAAGCUAGUAAUAAAUUGUAUCUAACAUACAUUUCGCUGGAAGAUAUAUUUCUUCCACAUGGUCAUUUAAA